CUGGGCCCUCGAAGCUCGUGUACUGAUGCCACUGGCUGCGCCCAGUACAAAAAUUAACCUGUCUCUGGCACAGGGUCCGCAAAGGCGCGGGACUACAACUCCCAGCAUCCCCCCCACGGGGCGGCACAGCCGCGGCGACCACAGCCCGGGUGCCCCCCGGCCCCUUUUGCAGAGGAGCUCAGGCUGAAGGGGCGCGGGGGAGGGCGUCUUUGCGGUGGCCCUGAGCCCCCCUCCCUCGCUGGCUCCCCCCAGGCUGUGGGGGGCUGAGGGCGGCUCCCCUUGGCCUCUCCAGCCUGCAAAGGGGAGUUUCCAGGAAGUGGCCAUAUUGGAUUCAUUCAGCCGCAUCGAUCCGGGGAGAAGAGCGGGGCUCCGGCAAGGCAGUUUCCCGGCCAGAGACCCGCACCAGGACCCCCCGCUCCGGCCAUGGCUGCCACGGACUUGGAGCGCUUCUGUAAUGAAGAGAAGCGGAAUCUUUCCCUGGGGGGCCAUGUUGGAUUUGAUAGUCUCCCAGAUCAGCUUGUCAGCAAAUCUGUCACACAAGGAUUCAGCUUCAACAUCCUCUGUGUGGGUGAAACAGGCAUCGGGAAAUCCACACUAAUGAACACACUUUUCAAUACCACCUUUGAGACGGAGGAGGCCAGUCACUACGAGAAUGCAGUUCGCUUACGACCGCGUACCUAUGACCUGCAGGAGAGCAACGUGCACCUGAAACUGACAAUCGUGGAUGCAGUGGGGUUUGGAGACCAGAUAAAUAAAGAUGAAAGUUACAGGCCAGUAGUUGAUUACAUUGACACGCAGUUUGAAAACUACUUGCAAGAAGAGCUGAAAAUCCGUCGUUCUCUCUUUAAUUAUCAUGACACAAGAAUCCACGUCUGCCUUUACUUCAUCACUCCAACUGGGCACUCGCUCAAAUCCUUAGAUCUGGUAACGAUGAAGAAGCUGGAUAGCAAGGUGAAUAUUAUCCCCAUCAUCGCCAAAGCAGACACCAUUUCCAAGAGCGAGCUGCACAAGUUUAAGAUAAAGAUAAUGAGUGAGCUGGUCAGUAACGGAGUGCAGAUCUAUCAGUUCCCCACGGAUGAUGACGCUGUCGCAGAGAUCAACUCCGUAAUGAAUGCUCAUCUGCCCUUUGCUGUUGUUGGCAGCACGGAGGAGGUGAAAGUUGGAAACAAGCUGGUGAGAGCUCGGCAGUACCCUUGGGGGGUGGUGCAAGUCGAGAAUGAAAGUCAUUGUGACUUUGUGAAACUGCGAGAAAUGCUGAUUCGAGUCAACAUGGAAGAUCUUCGGGAACAGACUCACACCCGCCACUAUGAGCUGUACAGACGGUGCAAGCUGGAGGAGAUGGGGUUCAAGGACACAGAUCCUGACAGCCAGCCAUUCAGCCUUCAAGAAACCUAUGAGACCAAAAGAAAAGAGUUCCUAGGUGAACUGCACAAGAAAGAGGAAGAAAUGAGGCAUAUGUUUGUUAACAAAGUCAAGGAGACUGAAUCGGAACUGAAAGAGAAGGAAAGAGAGCUACACGAAAAGUUUGAGCAUUUAAAGAGGAUACAUCAGGAAGAGAAGAGGAAGGUGGAGGAGAAGAGGAGGGAGCUGGAGGAGGAGAUGAAUGCCUUCAACAGGCGGAAACUAGCAGUCGAAACCCUGCAGUCUCAGUCCUUGCAAGCUACUUCGCAGCAGCCACUGAAGAAGGAUAAAGACAAGAAAAAUUAAUCGCACACAGGCCAAGAGUGGACUUUGUACUUUCAUGUGUUAAGUUGCUUGAGUUUCCUACCUUGUGUUACUUCUGUCAUAACAUUGUGUGAAUGGACCAAAGUGAAAGAGAAAAUGAGCCUCUUCAGUGUUUACAGUGUAACAAUUUAUUGUUAUCUGUACAGGACUUAUGAAUAGUUUUUAAGGAAGUAAAUGUCAUACUGUGUAAAUUUUCUGACACAAAGUCAACUAAUCCUGAAAAUGAGCAGGCUUGUUUUGUUUCAGACCUGAUGGGCAAACAUCCACUUGUAAAGUGACCAUAAUUGUUUUAUAAGAACUAAUGUUACUAAUUGAUAGUUACUUUACAGAUUACAUUAAUUUUUAAUGCUUAAUGGGACUCCUGAUUUGAUUUUUUUCUACAUUUGUUAUAAGUAGUGUGAAGA